GUCAUUAUACUUUUGCCCUGCGGUCGGGGCGUCGCAUAUGAGAAAUCAAACCCUGAUCAAAACCAGACAAACCAAAACCCCAACCGACCAAAGUACAACAAUUCCUAUUUAUUCAAUUGCCCAAUCCCUAAUCAUCCAGAUCCAAACCUGAUUUACUCAUUGAUUGAUUCUCUAUAGUUCCUACGUUCAACAGUUCUGUUGAUCGGUUGAGUUAUAUUAUUAUUACAUAUAUAUAUACUUAUCUAAUAAGAAGAAUAAGAAAUUGGGAUCGCUGCAUGAAAGAGAAGAAGGGGGGAAUUGAGUAGAGUAGAGGAGAAAUUACAGAGAGCAGACGUAAGCUAAAACAUGUCUGCAAUUCUGUGCGAAAAGAGAUCUUUCUUUGAAGAUAUAGCUGCAUCUCCUCCUGUUUCUAAAAAAAUUCGUUGUUCUUCUUCUUCUCCUGUGCGCUUUUCGUCUUUUGCUUCAAUUCUUUCUCCUCCUCCUUCUCCUUCGCAUAUCUUCGAUCAGCUUGCUGCGAUUUUCCCUUACAUGGACAAGCAGCUUCUUGAGAGAGCGCUCGAAGAAUGCGGAGAUGAUUUGGAUUCGGCGAUCAGAAGUUUGAACGAACUUCGUUUGGGAACUGCUGAUAGGAACGCUGCCUCUGAAGCCAACGUUCAGCUUCAUCUGCAAAGCUCUGCAACAGAUAAUGGGGAGGUUCCUCCUACUGAGGAUCCAUCUGCUUCAAAGUUCAUUCAACUGGAUGGUGUGGAGUGGGUUGAGCUUUUUGUUAGAGAAAUGAUGAGUGCUUCCAACAUUGAUGAUGCUAGAGUCCGUGCUUCUAGAGCCUUAGAGAUUUUGGAGAAGUCCAUCGGUGCACGUGCUAGCGCUGAGGCUGCACAAAACUUUCACCAGGAAAAUAAGAUACUGAAGAAACAAGUGGAAGCACUAAUUCAGGAAAAUAUUGUUCUCAAGAGAGCUGUAGCUAUUCAGCAUGAACGUCAGAAGGAGUAUGAGGAUCGAAGCCAGGAGUUGCAGCACCUAAAGCAGUUAGUAACCCAGUACCAGGAGCAGUUGAGAACACUAGAGGUGAACAACUAUGCAUUGACAAUGCACCUGAAGCAAGCAGGGCAGAGCAACUCUAUCCCAGGGCGUUUCCACCCUGAUGUUUUCUAAUAAUUGUUUAAAAUAUUGAAUCGUCUCUGGACAGAAUAUAUAAAAUGCACCUUUUGAGCACAACAAUAAAGUAGUAGUACCAAGGAGUCUGGAUUCUGUUGUCAUUGGGUGCAUUUUCAUUCAGUGAUUGAUUUAAUAUCAUAUCCUGAGAGUAGGUUUGAUCAAACAGAGUCUUAGAUUUGAAGUGGAUGCGAUACGGCAUUCAUUGAUACUUAUUGACUUCAUAUUAGAUGUUAUCCGUAUGACAGAUUAUAUAUACAAAAGCAUCAGUAUUGCUCUAA